GGCGUUUUAUCUUCAACUGCUCUUUUGAAGGCGCAUAAAAGAUGAAAGUCUACAAGAUUUUUUUAAUUUUUUUUUUCAUUCACCUCACUGCAGCCAGUAGUAACUUCUCACAGUUGGCGCUACGUAAACAUGGUCCACUCUAUGAAGCUAUAAAGUUACUCAUUUCUGAUGAACAGUACAACGCCCAAUUAGUCUGGAAUGAGACAAUAACCCAAUACGAUGAUUUUCUACUACAACUUCAGGAGGCAGAGGCCAAAAUACAAUUUUACAAUAGUGUGGUAAUAAAAAGAUUGGAAGAAUUGAAUGCCAAUUCACGGCCGGCGGGAAUGAAUGCCUGUAUUAAGGAAUACGAACGUGAAAUUGCGCAUUUCAAUCGCGAAAUUUUAGAAAAGUACAAUUGGUGUAUGCUAAGCUUAAACACCGCUGAGGCAUUAGUUAAGAACUUGACCAAGGAAGAGCUAAAAUAUAUAGAAAAUGCACCCAUGGAACUGAAAAAUGUUACGAAAGUCUGUAAUGUGGCUCUGCUGAAGUCAGGGCGCGGUGACCAAAAGGGCAUUACACUCUGUGUUGUUUCAAAAAUUGGUCAAAUAGAUCAAAAACUUGUUGAAUCAACACAAUGGUGUAUGAAUAUUAUAUCUGAUAUAUCUUUUGCUGAUUCUGAAAUGUCUUCAGCGGAAAGUUGUCGUGAUUUUGAUGAUUUGCAACAGGAAUUCAAUUUGGUAUAUGAGAAAGUACAAAAUUGCAUGAGAACAUUUUAAGCAAA